AUGUCGAAACACAUCAGAUCAUCACAUCAGAUCCCCUACCAUCAUAAUGUCAUCAGCAUCUGCAGACAUUUAAUGUCUGUAAAUAUUGGAAAGAUUUCAGCUCUCUGCAACUUUAUCCGUACAGCAGUUGACAGCCUUGAAGCCAGAGAUGAGCCAAAUGAAGCUGCCUCGAGCUGGACUUCUCCUCUGGAUGUGUGUAAUGAACAGGGUCCAGGACACAGCAACAGCAGCAGCAGCACUGUCAAUCACCCACUGUGUGAUCAGGCAGUACGUCGACAUCACCUGUUACUGGGAAACAACCGACCAGCACCUGAACAUCAACAGCUACAGGCUUCAGAUUAACAAAAGCUCUUGUGAAAGUAAACACAGCUUCUUCCAGGUGGGUUUCUGUAAUACAGCAGGCUCUGACUGCUCCGUUCAGCCCAUCGACUCAGCGUUACACUGUUUCUGUGCGGAUGUGCUGGCGUCCACACGCACCGGAUCAAUACGAUCACCGCCGUACUUCUUCAGUGGGGUCAAUGCAGUGAAACUUCGUCCUCCACAGAUAACAAAUCUUACGCCAACAAAGACAAGGUCUGGGUGUUUGCAGGUGACAUGGAAAAUGGUUGAGAGCUUUCUCCAGAAUGAAAAAAUCUACAUUCGGCUCCAAAUAGAGUACACGACACACAACCAGACCAGAUCCCAGACUACACAAGCCUUUUCCAAUGAGACAUUGGAGCUGUGUGACUUACACCCAGGAUCCAAGUAUACGGUGAGACUGAGAGCUCAGGACAGUCGAGCGCAUGCUCACUGGAGCUCAUGGACGUCUCUAGACACAACCACAGCAGAGAAAGCUCCGUCUGCAGCUCCUCGGCUCUGGAGACUCAUCCAUUCUGUGGAAGAAGCUGGAAGGAGACGCCUCAUCCUUGUCUGGAAGCCUGUGUCCUGGCCUGAGGUCAAUGGUGUAGUGCUCAGUUACUCUGCAACAUGUCGCAGUGAUCUGGAUUCAUCACAGUGGACUUGUGGCACUAUGGACGCAUCCAGACGCUCCUGCAUCCUUAAUAUCUCUGAUGAUCCCUGUCACUGCAGCCUGACAGCCACGAACUCUGCUGGGACGUCACCUCCAGCUCACAUCUCCAUACCUGCACAUACACAUGCAGAAGAACUCCCACCCCCUCAGGCUAUCAGUGUCACCCGAUUGGACGACACUAGACUGGUGGUGGAAUGGACAGCUGCACUGAGCCAAUCAGAGAGCGGCUUUGUGGUGCAAUGGGCUUCUGUGCCUUACACUGAACCAACUAGUUUGGACUGGGAACAUAUAAAUGAAACUGCAAGAAGCUUUAUUGUCUCAGGUCUUCUGCCAGAAGUCCCAUAUAAUCUGUCGGUCGUGAGUCUGUUUGGGCCACUGGCAGGAAGUGGCAUGUCAGUCAUUGCUUUCACACGGGAAGGAGCGCCCUCUGUCGGCCCAAAUAUAACAAUGCUGCAGACGAGCAGCAGCGGUGUUGUUCUGAAAUGGGAUCCUGUUCCUUUAGAGAAACUUCACGGCUUCAUCCAGAGCUAUACCAUACUGUACAGCAUAAAUGGCAAAGACAAAAGUGAGAAGGUAAGCGCUCAUGAUGAACAGAAAUCUCUCAGUGGACUGAUGGAAGGAACCUAUAACAUCUGUGUAAUGGCUCAUACUGCAGUAGGGGGCGCCACUGGGCCCUGUCAGCAGGUGGUUGUGGGCCUUGAGGAUGUACAAGUGAUUCCCAUACUGCUGUGUGCACUUCUGCUGUGUUUUCUGAUUCUAAUCAUCCCAGUAUGCAUGAGGGUGAGGAUUAAACAGUGUCUGUGUCCAACUGUACCAGACCCUUCUAAAAGCAGCCUGUCGGUCUGGUCCAAUGCUAGAAUGUGUCAGCAUAAGCUACCAUCCCUGUCUGCCAUGAACUCUAUCAUCUCUAUGGGUCAAACUACAAUCUUUCAGGAUUAUGGUGAGAAGGACUACGUCCCUGUCCAGGUUUUCACCUACCACACUGUUCCACAAGACAGCAAUGAGACCAACAUCAGCACUUCUGCUGUAACACACCAGGACUCCACACUCCCAGCAGCUCAAGCUUUCCCCACACAUCUCCUCAACCACAGCUACACCAAACCAGGCCAAGUCACUCCUGCCGGAUACAAAGAAGACCCACAGCCCUCAUCUGACCAUCUCUUGUUUGAAUCGUUCUUCACCAACAAAAGAAAUCAAGCAGAUUUAUGCGACUACAUCCACGUGUCCCAGAGCCAUGAGCCGGUCAUCACGACCAUAGAUGAGUACAGGACUCUCGACCUGAACGAGUGUCCGCAUUUCCGACAGGUUUUACCGGAGGACACCAGCACAUAGUUCACUGCAGCUUAAACAGUGAGACCUACAGUAUGUGACUGGGGUUUCACAAUCCCACUCUCUCCAGCAAACUAAAACAUGAGCCCUCGUAUCAACCACCAUCUCUGUGUGCUUUGUGUUUGGCAGAUAUACACAGGUUUAUGCAGUAACGGGAGAGUUGGAACGGCAUAAGGCUGGGUGCAAUUAAAAUCAGAAACUUGUCUACUCUGUAAUCUGUUUCCAGUGUAGACAUCCGCAGUUGAUCAUAAUAGUUGCACUGGAUUUACAAUAGAUUCAUGGGCUGGUUUAAGAGAUUGCAUCCGAUUGCUGUUCUGCCCGACACUUGAAUAUGAAUUGUGAACUUUUUCCAUCAGUCUUUUUAUCUGAGAACCUCCUGUCAGAUCUGGUCUAGGUCAAGGACGCCACAAGAGCACCGCUACUCAUUUCCACACGUGACACCUCUCUCACAAAACCUCUCUGGUCUAGAGUCAAAUCUGCAUAACCACUGACACCAGUUGCCAGAAGAGAGGAAAAUGUGAAUUUGCUUUCGUUGCAUGGAAACUUGGCCUAUAUUUGAUAGUUCUGAAGUCAAACAGUGCCAUUUUAUUUGUGACAUAAUAUUGUUUUCUAAUUUUUUAUUAGCAAAUGGUGCUUGGAAAAUACCAGUAUCCAUAUUAUUUUAAUUUUUUAUUUUGAUAUUUGGUUUAAUAUUACUUUUUUUAUAUACAUAAUUUGCCAUCUU